AUGGCGCCCUCUGCAACCAACGAUGCGCCGCAGCCUUCAGGGCGCAACUCGCCCAAACCAGCGCCAACGAAGCUCUGGACCGUCAACGAGCCACCCUUCGAAGGCUACAGGCCAAUAGAUACUGAGGGCUGGUCGCGCAGCAAUCAGGAGACCGCCAUAGUAAUCGACAAUGGCUCAUCAGCAGUACGCGCAGGAUGGUCCUUUGACACAAAACCUCGACUCUCAGUACUGCCGAAUAUGGCGCGAUACAGGGACCGCAAACUCAACCGGACCUUUACCUUCGUUGGAGCUGAUGUCUACUCGGACGGCACGGCGCGAGGACAGUCAAAGCCCAUUUACGAGCCAGGAAGCAACAUCAUCAACAACUGGGACGCAAUGGAGGGUGUGCUAGAUUACUGCUUCCUCAAGCUGGGCGUGGACGGGCGAUCAGGGCGCAUAGACAGGCCAAUUGUCAUGACAGAGCCCAUAGCGAACUUGGGCUACGCAAGAAAGACCAUGUCCGAAAUCCUCUUCGAAUGCUACGGCGCACCUUCAGUCGCAUACGGCGUCGACUCCCUCUUCUCCUACUCAUACAAUGGCGGCAGCACCGGCCUCGUUAUGGACUCCUCAUACACAUCAACACACGUCAUACCCGUCGUCAACUCGAAACCGCUCCUAUCACAAGCCACACGCCUCAACUGGGGACGCUUCCAGUCCGCCCAAUACCUUCUGAAGUUGCUCAAGCUGAAGUACCCGACGUUCCCAGGCAAAAUCAGCGACGUACAAGCAGAGGAUCUGGUUCGAGAGCAUUGCUAUGUCUCAAAGGACUAUGAAUCGGAAAUCAGCAGCUACCUGGACUGGACUGGUCUCGAGGAUCGGAAUCACGUUGUUCAGUUUCCCUACACGGAGCAGGUUGUGGUACAGAAAACAGAGGCUGAGCUUGCGGCCGCGGCAGAGAAGCGCAAGGAGGGCGGCCGGAGAUUACAAGCACAGGCGGCGAAGAUGCGAUUGGAGAAGCUGAAGAAGAAGGAAGAGGAGCUGGAGUACUACAUACAACUACAGGCACAACUGGCGGAAAUCCCCACAAAGAAAGAGAAGGCGCGUGUGCUAGAGUCAAAUGACUUUGAUGACGAGAACCAGCUCGACAAGCGAGUCAAGGAGCUGGAAAAGGGCAUCAAGAAGGCACGUGUCAAGGAUGUUGGUGAUGUCGAGGAAGAGGCACAGGAGGAGCCCACUUUCCCACUUCUCGAAGUCCCUGACGAUCAGCUUGACGAGGAGGGUAUUAAACAGAAGCGCCAGCAGCGUCUCAUGAAGUCCAAUUACGACGCCCGCCAGCGCGCGAAAAUCGAAAAGGAGAAGGAGAAGGCACGCCAAGCAGAAGAACAGCGCCUCGACGACGAGCGCCGCGAAGCUGACCCGGAAACAUGGAUUGAGGAGAGGAGGAUAGCAAGACAAGCCAUUGUCCAAAAGAUGAAGGACCGCGAGCGCAUGAAGGCCGAACUCGGGAACCGCAAAUCCCUCGCCAACCAAAUGCGCAUGAAAUCUAUCGCCAACCUCGCAUCUGACCAACCCACCAAGAAGCGACGACGUGGCGGAGGAGACGACGACACAUUUGGUGCCGAUGACGCCGACUGGGGUGUCUACCGCACCAUCGCCACCGGCGAAGGCUCCGACGACGAAGAAGAGGAGGAUUUGAAUAAAAACCUAAAAGACAUCGAAAGUCAACUCCUUAAGCACGACCCCAACUUCACUGAAGACUCGACCCGCGAAGCCCAAACCGACUGGACCAAAUCCAUCCUCCAUGCCUUCCUCCACGGCCCCUACCCGUACGACCAGGAGUCCCAGAAAGAAGUCAACCAAAUCCACCUCAACGUCGAGCGCAUCCGCGUCCCCGAAGUCGUCUUCCAGCCCACCAUCGCCGGCCUCGACCAAGCCGGCAUCGUUGAAAUCGCCGCAAACAUCCUGACUGAGCGCCUAGGCGACUCCCCUGCGCGCGACAACGUGCUCAAGGAUAUUUUCCUGACUGGCGGCAACACGCUGUUCCAGGGCUUCGAGGAGCGCUUGCGCACCGAGUUGCGCGCCGUCUUACCCGCCGAGCAGACUAUACAGGUGCGCAGGGCGGGCGAUUGCGUGCUUGAUGCGUGGCGCGGCGCGGCGAAGUGGGCGGGUGCGAAGCAGAGUAGGAGCAGUUUUGUGAGUAGGCAGGAGUGGAUGGAGAAGGGGGCCGAGUAUAUCAAGGAACAUGAUUUGGGGAAUGCUUCGUAGGGGGGCGGCAAUGUACUAUUAGCUUGUGAGGUCGGGCGUAAACUUUGGAAGUGCAUCUAGCUUGGUCGGUCGAGAAUUUUAUGGGUUUAUCUUAUC